AUGACUGUUACUACCCCAACAGUAAAGGAGGUAGUGAGGUCACGGUUGGUCUCUGCUGACAAGAGCUUGUUGGGACACCUACAGUGUUUAGAUCGGCAGACCCAUGGUUUCCAGCGAGUCCAGCAAUCAGUUUCCGUAACACAAACAAGCAGAGGGCGGUUAUUACACCACUUGGCUGAGUGUUGUCAUAACAACAACCUCUCACUCAAUGUCAAUAAGACCAAGAAACUGAUUCCAGCCUUCAGCAGAGGGAGACCAGAGGUCCAUGAGCCAGUGAUCAUCAGAGGAUCAGAGGAGGAGAGGGUCAGUAACUUUAAAUUCCUGGGUGCCAGUAUCUCAGAGGAGCUGUCCUGGACCCAUCAUAUAAACAUUAUUGCGAAGAAAGCACGACAGCACCUCUACUUCCUCAGGAGUCUGCAGAGGUUUGGCAUGCCAUCAAAAACCUUGGCAAACUUCUGUAAACACAAAAUAAUCUGCAGAUGCCGGCGUCAAAGCAACACCCACAACACGCUGGAGGAACUCAGCAGGUCGGGCAGCAUCUGUGGAAAUGAUCAGUCGACGUUUCGGGCUGGAACCCUUCGUCAAACUUCUGUAGGUGUAUGGUGGAAAGUGUGCUGACUGGCCUGGUAUGGGAACACCAAUGCCUUUGAGCGGAAAAUCCUCUAAAGGUAGUGAAUUUGGUCCAGAACAUCACAGGUUAAAUCGUCCCAGCCAUUGAGCACAUCUGCAUGAAACAUUGCCAUAGGAAAGCAACAACCAUCAUCAAAGAUCCUCACCACCCAGGCAAAACUCUCCUCUCGCUGCUGCCAUCAGGAAGAAGGUACAGGAGCCUCAGGACUCACACCACCAGGUUCAAGAACAGCUACUACCCCUCAACCAUCAGGCUCUUGAACAAAAGGGGAUAGCUACACUCGUUUAAGGACUCUGUUAUACUGUUAUUUCAUCCUCGUUAUUUUUUGCUAAUUAUUUAUAUGUGCAUUUGCACACUUUGCUUGCAGUUAGCAGUUCCUGAUGUUUACAGUUCAUAGUUACUGUCCUAUAGAUUUGCUAAGUAUGC